CUUUCAUUGAUGUGCAAGCACGCAGAUCUGCUAACAACUGAACUUUCUAAAGAAACAUUCCACCUAACUCAAACAUACACAAACCCCCUUUCAGCUUUCCAUAUAUUUCCCUCCCUCCAUCAUCACCCCACAAUCAAGCACUCACUUCAAGGACCACCCUUCCAUUCUCACCACACCCUCCUCACUCCACUCACCAAAAGAUGGUGACCAUGACCAUGAAGCAUCAUCCACGUCCACUACUCUUCUCUCUCUCACUUCUUCUACUACUCUCCUCCCAUUCCACCACCACUUUAGCCCAAUCACCUGCAUCGGCCCCAGCCGCCUCGGCCACCGCCAGUGCGGUGGCCACCCCGGCGCCGACACCUUCCUCAGCCCCCACAGACAUCAUCAGAAUCCUCAAAAAGGCUGGUGGUUUCACAACCCUAAUCCGCCUCCUUCAAACCACACAAGUCUCCAACCAAAUCAACUCCCAACUCCUCACUUCAAACGGUGGCCUAACCCUAUUUGCACCAAACGACAACGCCUUUUCAAGCCUCAAACCAGGUUUCCUCAACUCCCUCAAUGACCAACAAAAGAAUGAGCUCAUCCAGUUCCACUUGCUACCCCAAUACGUUUCCACGUCAAACUUUGACACUCUAAGCAACCCUGUAAGAACACAAGCUGGUGAAAACCCUGAUAGGUUGGCACUUAACAUAACAAGCUCAGGAGGAAACCAAGUGAACAUGACAACGGGAAUAGUUAACGUUACAUUGGGUGGCACUGUGUACACUGAUCACCAACUUGCGGUGUAUCAAGUGGACAAGGUGCUUCUUCCACGUGACUUCUUUGUUGCUAAGCCUCCUGCUCCAGCUCCUGCGCCAGAAAAGUCUAAAGGGUCGAAGAAGAAAUCUGCAGACAGCACUGCAACUGAAGCAGAUGAUGCUGAAUCUGCUGCUAUCAGUGUGAAACAACGGCAUGUUAUGUGGGUUGUUGUUACAGUUUUGGUUGCAGCGUUUUCGUGGUGACGAUGAAAGCAUUGUUUGAAGGUACCAUAUGGGGUGGAUGGAAUCAUGGAAAGGUGAAUGGUGAUCAACAUUUUGCAGAUUCAGUGAUUUUAAAUAAUUGGCUUUUUUUUUGUUGUUUUAUUUUCCUUUCUGAUGAAUCGAGUUUAAGGUUGUCGUGAAAAUUAUGUAUAUUCGAUUUAUGAAGGCUUUCUUUGUUCUACUAGUUGUUCUCUUCCCCCCAUAAGAAAAAAUUCAUAUCUUGUGUAUUACUUAUGAGAAAUUUGUGUAUAAGCUUGCAUACAAAGAUCUUUUAAUAGAAAAAUGAUACAAAAGUUUUGCUUA